AUGUUCCCCGUCAGCAGUAGUGGAGGUGAAGGCUCCGCUCACCACUUUUUUGCCGCCAUACGGGCACGUCUCCCCGGCGUGUCCACCCUCCUCAACAACCUCCUCGCCUCCAGCGCCGCGCCCCUCGCCCACUUCCUCGAGAGCUCCCUCCCCAUGCGCCUACUGCAGACCUUUUUCGCCAAGUGGCAAAACAUCGACAUCCCCACCUGGACCGUCGCCAUCGCCAUCCUCGGCACCGUCCCCACCACCCUCGUCCGCCUGCGCGCCGUCGUCUACAACAUCUACUGGUGGAUCGCCAAGUACUUCGUCUCCUCCAUCUCCGUCGCCGGCAACGACCAGCUCAACAAGGACGUCAUCAACUGGGUCGCCCACAACGUCCUCCCGCGCCGCUCCAUCCGCAUGCUCAACGCCCGCACCGAGGUCAUCCAGACCGACUACUGGAAGCCCAGCGUCACCGAGCGCAACGACAUCCGCCACGACAACCGCGUGCCCGUCCACUGCCAGCCCGAGAUCAAGUUUGGCGCCCCGGAGAGCGCUAUCCCCAUCGAGCUGUCCGCCGCGCCCGAGGGCCACGAGCCCCUCGUCCUCAUGUGCCUCGGCCGCUCCGUCAAGCCCCUCAAGAAGUUUUGGAGACGUGCCGCGACUUCGCCGAGGAGCAGCGCCGCGAGUACGUCACCGUGCGCGCGUCGCAAAAGCACCUACACCGGCGAGAUGUGCUGGGGCUCCGUGGCCCUACGCCCGGUUCGGCAGAUGGAGACGGUCCACUUUGACGAAAAGAUCAAGAGCUGGCUCGUCCGAGACAUCGCCCACUACCUGGAGCCCUCCACCCGGGAAUACUACGUCAAGCGGGGCAUCCCCUACCGCCGCGGCUACCUCCUCCACGUUCAUCAACUUACCCCCAAGUGCAUCAUCCUCCUCGAGGACAUCGACACCGUCGGCGUCCAGCGCCGCGGCCUCGGCGACGACAGCGACGCCAGCGACUCGGACGAUUCCCGCGGCGGCGGCGGGCGAAACAAGUUCAACUACUCCUACCACGGGCCCGGCUGCUCCCUCGCUGGCCUGCUCAACGUCCUCGACGGCGUCGCGUCCCAGGAAGGCCGCAUCGUGCUCAUGACGUCCAAUUUCGCCCAGAAGCUCGAUAGGGCCCUCGUCCGCCCGGGCCGCAUCGACCAGAUGAUUUACCUCGGGUACAUUUCGCGCGCGAGCGCCGUCAAGAUGUUUCUCCGCAUGUACUCCGUCUCCUGCCCUAAAGUCAGCGGUAGUGGUGCAGAUGCCGCCGCGGCGACGACGAACGACAAGGUGGACGCCGAGACCCUCGAGAAGCUCGCGGGGUUCCUACUCGGGUACAAGGAAGAGCCGCGCGCGGCCGUGGCCGGCAUCGUGGACUGGGUCGCGGCCGAGCUGAAGCUCAUGGAGGAGGCGGAGCGGUAUGAGCAGGAGCGCGAGAACCGGAGGAAGAAGCGGGAGGCUGCGAGGAGGCGCAGGAGGCUACGUCGCUAUGAUGACUCCUCGGACGAUGAAGCGUCGUCCUCGGCUCGGAGCGUCAGAGCCCGGAGCGCUACACAUUCUAGGUCUGGUCGUAAGCCUGAGCGGGUAGACAAGGGAGCGGAGCCGGAGUCGGGCAGGGAUCUUGAAAAGGAGGCCGAGAAACCAAACGGCGAGGUCAAUGGGAGCAAUGGACUGGAAAACGGCAAAAGUCCCGGGAGCGACUUUGAGAAAUCAGAUUUUUACUUGGCAACUGCCUUGACCAGGCCCCAGGUGAACUGGAAGCUGGAACCAAGCUUCCCAGAUAGCCUCGACUUCUUAUCCGAGCGCGACCUAAAGCGCUAUCGCACGCAAAGACGCCUCGUAGGCCCCAUCUACCACAUUUCCAACCUGAAGCGCUUCGAAGCAGCCGUCGACGAAGUCCUCGGCAAGAGCAUCGCGCAGCUCAAUACCCUCAAGGGAUCCCCGGUCGAUCUCAAGGAGUGGAUGCACAUCAUCACCGUCGAGUGUCUCGGCGCCGUGGUCCUAUCGUGGUCCCCCGGCCUGCUGAAGCAAAAGUCUGACGGGGGCUCCGGUCCGCAUAGCUACCUCGGAUGGAGGAAGAAGAGCGUCUUCGGCCUCUUCCCGCUGAUCGUGUGUCUCGAGUGCGUAUGGAAGUCGGCGGGGCGAUUCUUUGCUGUGAGCUGGGAUAUCACGUAUCAAGCACCCAGGAAUUUCAAACCUUUCUUCACGGGUGUUCAUCGGCAAACGAAAAACGGCUGGCCCGGAUUGCCAACGGAAUACCUUAAGAGAAUGACGGUGACCAACUUUGGCGCGGGCCACGAGACAAUGACGUCUACCCUCACCUCCGUCAUGUCCAUGGUCUGCUCCCGCCCCGAUGUUCUCGGCCACGUCGUUGAUGAGAUUGAACAGACUUCCGACGCAGCUCGAUACGAAGGAUUCAAAGCCAGCUUGAGCUAUACGCAAGCAUGCAUCAAGGAGGCCCAGCGGCUGUUCCCCGUCAUCGGCAUGUCCCUGCCACGCCAGACACCUGCCGCGGGGUUCCGUGCUCACGGAUACUAUUUCCCCCAGGCACCACGGUGGGCUAGGGACAACAUCCGCGAGAUGGACAAGUUUAACCUGACCUGGGGCGGUGGUUCCCGAACGUGUCCCGGACGGCAGCUCGCAGAGCUGGUGGUGCCCAAGAUUAUCGUUUCGCUGCUCAAGGAGUUUAACGUCGAGGUCGAUGUUCCUCCUGAGGAAACGAUGCCGGUAUACUUUAUGGCGAUGAUGAGUGGGGUCAAAGCUCGAUUCCUCACCAAAGAUGCUGGUUGA